UUAAGAUAUAUAAUAUAUGGACUUAAAAAUAUCCAUAGUGCACAUAUUAUACACAGAGAUUUUCACAGUGGAAAUAUCUUUUUUAAAAAUGAAGUUACAUGUAUAGGUGAUCUGGGAAUAAGUAAAUCUGCAACCGAAUCUACAGAUUCUACAGAGAAUUAUGGUAUUAUUCCUUAUAUGGCACCAGAGAUUUUUCAAAGACAAACAUAUACUACAGCCUCAGAUAUAUAUAGUUUUGGUAUGAUUAUGUGGGAAUUUAUGACAGGUAGAAGACCUUUUUGGGAUAGAAUACAUGAUGUAGAACUGAUAAUUGAAAUAUGGGAUGGUUUAAGACCACCAAUUGUUACAAAUGCACCUGAAGGAUAUAUUGAAUUAAUGAAAGAAUGCUGGAAUUCUGAUCCAAAGAAAAGACCAACAGCUGAAGAUAUAUAUCGAAAAAUUAAAGGAAUAUGGUUUAGUGAAAACCCAAAUACAACUAAAAUUAUAGUAUCACCGGAUAUUGGGCCUAUAGCAGAAAAUAAUCCAGGUGCUGUUUAUAAGAGUAGACCUUUAAGUGAUAUGAUUCUUUCUGCAAUGUUCACAAGAAGUUUAAGAAGCCAAUCUAUAACUGCAG